AUGGACUCUCAGACGUUCGAGAUGUGGCUAGCUCACGCUGACUUAUACAGCAGCAAACAUACGGACUUCGACGACUCGAAGACACUGAAAGUGCUGUUGGAAAACCCCAUCUCCAUCGGCAAAGUGGUGAAAUUGCUUGUCGAUGUGGCAGAGGAUGGAGAGAAAGCCUUAAGUACCAAGGCUGCCAGACUGCACAUCGCACUAGCUGAAAGUCAAGGGCUUGCGCAGGAUGUGAUGCAACUCGCGUGGCUGGAGACCCGUCAUGACCCUACCACCAUAUUCAAGAUUCUUUCCAAGGGCGAUAAAGAUUUUUUGACCAAGAGACCUAAGAGUGCAAUCGAGUGGUUAAAGUAUAAUGAGCUAGUGAACGAGUGGUCCCGUCAACAAGGUGGUAUCAAGAGGUCAUUGUCAAAAGAAGAAAUCGCAGACCUUUUGUUCAGAGGCCGCUCGUUUGAUGAGUCUAUGGUUUUCAUCCAGAAGUUCUUAUCGGCUGAAGAUCCCAAAUUGAUGGCUCUUGCACAUCAGCUCCGCGAAAUCCUCUCAAACAGUGUGUCGAAUGCCCAUAAGGCCAAGAAGCUCAAGGCGAAGAAAAGGUAA